GGGCCAGUCUCAGAGAGCUCCAUGACUUUGCUGCAGGGAAUCUCCAUCUUGAGGUCUGCCCUGGAGGUCUGAGAAAGGAUUCAGGAUAACGAAUGUGAGCACGAGGAGGAACCUCUUUGGAAUGUUCUGCUUUCCCAGAACUAACUGAGCUAGAAGACAGACGUCCCUGUGGAGAAGAUAGGGGGAUAAAGGAAAUAGAAGUUACCAGGAUGAGUAAAAAGCCUCCAAGUCGUCCAGGGAUCACGUUCGAGAUUGGUGCUCGUUUGGAAGCACUGGACUACUUACAAAAAUGGUAUCCAUCUCGUAUUGAGAAAAUAGACUAUGAGGAGGGGAAGAUGUUGGUUCAUUUUGAACGAUGGAGUCAUCGUUAUGAUGAAUGGAUUUAUUGGGACAGCAAUAGAUUACGCCCCCUGGAACGACCAGCACUAAGGAAAGAAGGGCUAAAAGAUGAUGAUGAAUUUGUUGAUUUUAAAGCUGGAGAAGAGGUACUGGCUCGUUGGACAGAUUGUAGAUAUUAUCCUGCCAAGAUUGAAGCAAUUAACAAGGAGGGAACCUUCACAGUACAGUUCUAUGAUGGAGUUAUUCGAUGUCUAAAAAGGAUGCAUAUCAAAUCUAUGCCUGAGGAUGCCAAAGGGCAGGGGCGCGAGAGGGAGCAGAUAGCGCCGGAGCUGAGAUUAGUGACGGAAAUCGAACCAAAAGAAGAUUGGAUAGCUUUGGUCAAAGCUGCUGCAGCAGCAGCAGCCAAAAACAAAGCAGGAAGUAAACCUCGGACCAGUGCAAACAGCAAUAAAGAUAAAGAGGAGAGAAAAUGGUUUAAAUUAUCUUCAAAGAAGGAAGAAACCUCAACCUCUACAAUCAUACAGGAAGUCCAGAAAAAGGAAGAGGAGCCUACAUCUAGUGAAACGUUUGCAGGAUUCCCAGUAGUGGAUGUUCCAAAGAUGGCGUUUGUGCGGGCAGAGAGCACAUUAUCGCACAAGAGGAAAAAUAAUUUAGGCAACUCAUUUCAGGCAAAGAGAGCUCGUCUUAACAAGAUCACUGGUUUGUUGGCGUCCAAAGCCGUUGUUGUGGAUGGUGCUGAAAAAAAAGAAGGCAACAAAGAAACAGCUCCAGUCCUGGAGCAGGAGAUUUCACCUAAACCUCAAAGUCAGAAAAAAAAUGAAGCUGAUAUUAGCAGUUCUGCCAACACUCAGAAACCUGCACUGUUACCCUCAACUUUGUCUUCAGGAAAGGCUCGCAGCAAGAAAUGCAAACAAGAAUCUGGAGAUUCUUCUGGGUGUAUAAAGCCCCCUAAAUCACCACUUUCCCCAGAGUUAAUACAAGUCGAGGAUUUGACGCUGGUCUCUCAGCUUCCUUCUUCUGUGAUAAAUAAAACUAGUCCGUCACAGCCAGUGAAUCCCCCUAGAUCCUACAAAUAUAGCCAGAGGAGGAGAAGAUCACAGCGUUUAGCCACUUGCUCGUUGCCUGAUGAGUCUGUACAAAAAGUUCCUUCUCCCUCUCCAAUCACUGAUGGAAAAGUGUUCUCCAUCAGUGCUCAAAAUCAACAGCCAUCAAUAUCAGAGGUACCUGAUGUUGCUCGUAUGUCACUUGAGAAGCGUGCACCAUGUCUCCCUCUUGACUUAAGCCGUAAUUUGGAAGUUACAGCAUCACUAUCUACAGAAUCCACUUCUCGUAAUGAAUACCCCAGUAAAGAAAAGGAAGAUACUCAGAUGAUUACAUAUCAUUCUUCCAAAGCAGUAACUGAUGGAAGAGUAGCUACAGCAGCAUCAGGUAUAUUGAAAACUGAAAAAAAAGUGAAAUUGGAAGAGAAAAGCUCAUCAUCAUUUGGUAAAAAGAAGGAAAAGGAUAAAGAGAAAAAAGAAAGAAAGGAAAAGGAUCAUAAAUCAAAACAGAAGAAGAAGAAGAAGAAAAAGAAGAAAUCUAAACUGUAUGUAGAUUAUUCGGAUUAUGAAGACAGUUCUAUUGACUUUUUGGAAAGGUGCUCCUCUCCACUCACGCGGUCUUCUGGUAGCUCAUUGACUCUGCGAAGCAUGUUUACAGAGAAGAACACUUCAUACCAGUAUCCAAGAGCAAUUCUGUCUGUCGACCUUAGUGGAGAAAACCUCUCGGAUGUGGAGUUCUUAGAUGAUUCCUCCACAGAGAGCUUAUUACUGAGUGGUGAUGAAUAUAAUCAGGACUUUGAUUCAACAAAUUUUGAAGAAUCUCAGGAUGAAGACGAUGCUCUCAAUGAAAUUGUUAGAUGCAUCUGUGAAAUGGAUGAGGAAAAUGGCUUCAUGAUUCAGUGCGAAGAAUGCUUGUGUUGGCAACAUAGUGUAUGUAUGGGAUUAUUAGAGGACAGCAUUCCAGAGCAGUACAUCUGUUACAUCUGCAGGGAUCCUCCAGGUCAGAGAUGGAGUGCCAAAUAUCUAUACGAUAAGGACUGGUUAAACAAGGGGCAUAUGUGUGGAUUAUCAUUUUUAAAAGAAAACUACUCUCACCUUAAUGCCAAAAAGAUAGUGUCAACACACCACCUGCUGGCUGAUGUAUAUGGUGUAACUGAAAUAUUACAUGGACUGCAGCUGAAGAUUGGGAUACUAAAAAAUACACAUCAUCCUGAUCUUCAUCUUUGGGCUUGCUCAGGGGUGCGAAAAGAGCAAGAACAAGUGACACUUGGGGUAGAGAAGAAAAAAGUAAAUUUGCCAGAUGCUGUUAAUCCAUCUGCAAGGACAUAUCACAGUCAAAGCCAUAAGGAACCACCCCCUAGCUUACCCCAGAAGAUGGAAGAAACAUAUAUUAUAAGUGAGCACAGUUACCAGAAACCACAGAGUUUUGGACAGGACUGCAAAUCUGUUACUGACCCUGUGAGCUCAGAUGAUGAAGAUAUGAGUAGUUUUGAGGAAGAUCAGGAAUUUCAUUCAGAUGAUAAAAACUGUUUACAAUAUUCUUUAAAAGAAGAUGGCAAGAGUGAGCAGAAGAACCCUGCUGAGGGGAAUGUAAUAUGUGCUUGCAAUGAAAAAAAAGGAUCCGAAGAACAAGCGGAUUCACAUCUUCAAUGGCAGCUAAAUCUUCUUACCCACAUAGAGAAUGUACAGAAUGAAGUCAUCAGCAGAAUGGACCUUAUUGAAAAGGAAGUUGAUGUUUUAGAAAGCUGGCUUGACUUCACUGGAGAGCUGGAACCACCAGAUCCCCUUGCAAGACUGCCUCAACUCAAGCGACGUAUCAAACAGCUCUUAAUUGACAUGGGGAAAGUACAGCAAAUAGCCACGCUCUGCUCUGUAUGACAAAAGGAAGAAUAAAGGAAUGAAAAUAGGCUCUCUACAGUGAAUUUUUUAAUUAGCCACAAAACUGGCAGGAAGACAGCAAAAAAGCUGAACAUUUGGUUCUGUACUGAUUAUGUUUUUAGCCUGAAGCUUUGGAGAAGAGAAAGGAAAUCUAGCAUAAGGAAACUAAACUGACAUUGAAAAUCGAAAUACUCUGUGUCCAAAAUACAGAUUACAAUGUCACAUACUGAGGAACAUUUAUAUGAUCUAACAUAUGAUAAAUAAGGCAUGUGAAGUGGCAGAAUUUCUCCUUUGGGUCAUACAAGAAUGUUCAAGAAAUCUCUUCGAUGGAAAGUGGUAUAAUUUUAUAGUUAGUAGCAGAUAGAACCAAACUGACAAAUGUUAGUGGGCAAAAAACAAAUUAAAUGGGGAAAAAUACUCAUUCAUAAUUAUUUCUUCUCCCUUUGUUAGGGAGACAAGGAGAGAUCCAUAUCCUCUCUACAGUUGGUCCACCCCCAAAGUUUAGGAAGGUAACUAAUCUUUCCCAGCCCGAGAACUUUUUUUUUUUUUUGGUCUAAUUAGUGUUGUUCAGGAAAAUGAAAAUGCUAGCUUCACUUUUGAAAGAAACAGGAUGUGGUGGUGUGUGUCUAAAUAUUUUUUAAAUAAAAAUCCUCAUUACAGAACCCUUAGGCUCUUUUCACAUUGUAAGUGGCAAACAGUGGUCAAAUGUGCCAAAUAAUACUAAAACCACUGGGAUGAGAGUGUGAAGAUAGUGAAAUACAUGAGGGUUUUUUUUUUCGAAGUUCUACCUGGUGCCAGCAAUCCAUCCAAAAUUGUAUCUAGUUUAUAUUUUUUUACGUUCUAUUUCAGUAUUCAGGAUUCAAAGUACUUUUUUUGUCCUGGGUAGCUCAGCUUGGUGUUAGCCCUCUGAAUCUUUACCAACCUCAGCUGGGAUGAGGAAUGGCAAGAGCAGCAAAAUUGUUUGUGGCUGUGAAUUACUAAACCACUAAAUUGAAUAUCACAAAGAUGCAUUACUUAGGAUGUUUUUAUAAAAACUUUUAGCUUCAGUCAUAAGUGAAUAAAACAUCAUGAAACCAAAGGCAACCUAGUUGCUCUGUUAGUUCUUGCUGGAUUUUGAGUUCAGGCCCUUCUCUUGGCCUGUGCUUAUAUAAAUUGUCACUGCACCCAGUGCUACAUACGUAUGUGUAGGUAUAUGUGUAUAUAUACACACACAUUCAUAUGUACAUACUAUAUACAUAUUUAUAUCUACACAUGUCUAGUUUUAUUACUAUAGACUAUAAGAACUCAUGGUUAACAUGAAAUGUUACCUUUUAACAAGCAGUUUAUAAAAUUGAAAAUAAUGUAUGUACAGGUUUUGGAAUUUGUAAAAUAUGACUGUUAAAAAGAGGCUAUUUAAUUGAUGACAUAAGAUACUUGAACACUUUAUGCCUCACAACUGUUUAUCAGUUCUAGUUUUCUGUAUAAAUGCAUUUUAGAACCGAUAGACAGUAAACUUGAAUUUACCUUUUGAUAAGAGUACAAGCCACUGUACAUUCAAAAAUUAUUUAAAUUUGCAAACACACUGUUCUAUAUGUAAGGUACUGUAUGUAAAAC